AUGAUGGCCUUCAACAUUUUGAAACAGUUAGAUAAACCUGAAGCUACUUCAUUGAACGCUUGUUUAACUGAUUAUAUUCGACGUUCGGCAAAUCAGGCAUUAAAAAGUAAUAAAAAUAAGAAAGUUAUCAACGUGAAUAAAACCGAACUGACUGCAUUAAAAGGUCUAUUAAAAGAUAAAUCGAUAGUUAUAAUGAAAGCUGAUAAAGGCUCAUCAUGUGUAGUUAUGGAUAAAGAACAAUAUAAACAGAAAGUGCUAGAAUUAUUAUCAUCCGGAAACUCUUUUCGGAAAAUGAAUGAUAAAGAUGAGAAAGACAAAAUAAAUGCAAUUGAAAAUGUACCCAAGCGUCAAAAAAAAAUCUAG